AUGAUGAUGAUGGCUCCCACCAAGAGACUGUCUGGUCUGCAAAAGGACGUACUGAGUUUGUACCGCUCCAUUCUCCGAGAAGCUGUCAAGAAAGAUCGUCAAGUAUUGGCAUUAACACACGGCAACCUUUGCUCAUUGCUCUUUUCCCCGCAACGAACGACGACCGGCUACGCCAGGACCGAAUUUCGCCAUCAAUGCCAACAAGUCAAGCGUUCCGAAUUCAAGAAGAUUGAAUACUUGAUUCGAAAGGGAGAAAAGCAGCUCAAAAUACUCAAAAUGCCUGGAACCAAGGUGGUCAUGGGGGCGUCGUGA